AUGCGCCAAGAAUGUCCUGGGUACCGAGAUGAAUGGGACCUCGUCUUUCGUGAUCAGACCGAUAAAACCAUAAAGCGAUCCAGGAAAACGAAGAUCAAAAGUGCCGACCAAGGCUUGCCCACGCCCGCCCGCGGCUUGAGCCCCGACCCUGACGAGAUAGGAGUCAAUUACUUCCUCCGCAACUUUGUCAGCGGUCAGUCCUCUUCACGGGGAUGCCUGAACUAUAUUCCUUCUGUUUAUCGCGAAGAUGGCGAGCAUCCCACUCUGGUCGCCAGCAUGGCGGCUGUAGGGCUCGUGGCCUUGGCUAAUUCGACCCGACAACCCGACCUGGCAAACCUCGCGCGAGCCAAAUACACGGAGGCGAUCCGCAAUGUGAAUGUCGCCUUAACAUCGCCCGUGGAGUCCGUCAAGGACAGCACUUUAAUGUCGGUGAUCUCAUUAGGGGUGUUUGAGCAUGUCUCCGAGCACAAAGCGUGGGUUCGACAUGUCCAGGGUGCUGCAGCGAUAGUAGUUGCCCGGGGCAAGGACCAAUUCACCAGCACGGCCACGAUCCUCAUGUUCAACCAAGUUCGCGCUGAUCUUGUGCUUGCCUGUGUUCAUAAUGAAAUACCGUUUCCGGAAGACAUGAUCGAGCUUCAAGAAGAGGCAGCCAAGCACAUUGACGCCUCUGGUGCAUUUUGGCGUGCGGGGACCUUAGGUGUCCGGUGCGCAGACCUCCUGAUGAGAGUCAGGGCGAAUACUGAGCAAAUCCAUUUGCCGGAAUACCUGGAGGAAGCGACUAUGAUGGAGCGUGAAUUCCAAAACCACGCUAUGCUCCUCGCCACACAAGAACCAUAUACCAUCACCCAAAGUGCUGGUGGGGUGCCAAAACUAAUCUAUAAUGGACGAGUUGACCUAUAUAAGGACGCUUGGGCAAUCCGGGUGUGGAACAAUUUGAGAAAUCUUCGAAUGAUCGUCUGCGAGAUCAUGUUAUACCUCUUGAACAAGAUUCUCGCCACAGACCUCACACUCACAUCGGCCGUCCGGCAGUCUCUGAAGCUAAAGUUUCAGAUGGCAAUGCAAACUCUGUCAAUGCUGGGAGACGAUAUACUCGCUACCAUCCCUCAGGCUUUGGAAUUCCUAUCCUCUGCAUCCAACACUCCCUCCGUCGAUCUAUCCUUCCACGGCAGCGUGUCAGGCGGGUAUAUCCUGACCUGGUGUUUGUACAUGGUUGGAAAAUGCCCAGCCACAAAAGCUGAGACCAGAAAAUGGAUCAUCCAACGCCUCCAAGACUUUGGUAGGAACAUGGGCAUCUCAAUUGCACUGCGUCUGGUUGAUGAUAUAAUAAUGAUUGACCAAUUUGCCGACUAG